ACGGGGCGGGGCGGGGAGCAGCCCCGGAGUCCGAGCUCGAGCCCCCGCCCCCGGUCAGCCCCAGCCGCGUCCCGGCCCGAGCCCGAGGCUGCUGCCCGGGGGCCUGUCCAGCCGCUGCUCCAGCGCCCUCGCGGUGCCCUGCGCCCACCGAGUCCCGCUCGACCCGCGGCGGCGCGGCAGGUUUCCAACCUUGAGGCAGGUGGUGCAAGGAGAAGACUGUCCAGGCAAGAAGCAGGAAAAGAGGCUGUCCUGGUGACAGCCCAGCAGACGGGAAGAGAGCAAGAAGUGCCCAGCUCCCCCCCAUUCAACAGUGCUCCAGGAGCCGCCCACAUACCCACCCAGCGCUCCGCUGCCUUGUCUCAGCCUCCCCUCCUGGCAGCGGCCGCCAUGUUCUCGUGUGUGAAGCCCUACGAGGACCAGAACUACUCAGCCCUGAAGCGGGCCUGUCUACGCAGGAAGGUGCUGUUCGAGGACCCCAACUUCCCAGCCACAGACGACUCUCUGUACUAUAAAGGCACCCCAGGGCCCACCGUUAGGUGGAAGCGGCCCAAGGACAUCUGUGAGGACCCCCGCCUCUUUGUGGAUGGCAUCAGCUCCCAUGACCUGCACCAGGGCCAAGUGGGCAACUGUUGGUUUGUGGCAGCCUGCUCAUCACUUGCCUCCCACGAGUCACUGUGGCAAAAGGUCAUCCCAGACUGGAAAGAGCAAGAGUGGAACCCUGAGAAGCCUGACACCUAUGCAGGCAUCUUCCACUUCCACUUCUGGCGCUUCGGGGAGUGGGUGGACGUGGUCAUCGACGACCGGCUGCCCACGCUCAACAGCCAGCUCAUCUACUGCCACUCCAACUCCCGCAAUGAGUUCUGGUGCGCCCUGGUGGAGAAGGCCUAUGCCAAGUUGGCAGGCUGUUACCAGGCUCUGGAUGGAGGCAACACGGCAGACGCACUCGUGGACUUCACAGGUGGCGUUUCCGAGCCAAUCGACCUGAUUGAGGGUGACUUUGCGAAUGACGAGGCCAAGAGGAACCAGCUCUUUGAGCGCGUGUUGAAGGUGUACAGCCGGGGAGGCCUCAUCAGUGCCUCCAUCAAGGCUGUGACAGCAGCAGAUAUGGAGGCCCGCCUGGCGUGUGGCCUGGUGAAGGGCCACGCAUACGCCAUCACGGAUGUGCGUAAGGUGCGCCUGGGCCACGGCCUGCUGGCCUUCUUCAAGUCAGAGAAGCUGGACAUGAUCCGCCUGCGCAACCCAUGGGGAGAGCGGGAGUGGAACGGGCCCUGGAGUGACACCUCAGAGGAGUGGCAGAAAGUGAGCAAGACAGAGCGGGAGAAGAUGGGUGUGACUGUGCAGGAUGAUGGCGAGUUCUGGAUGACCUUCGAGGAUAUGUGCCGAUACUUCACUGACAUCAUCAAGUGCCGCCUGAUCAAUACGUCUUACCUGAGCAUCCAUAAAACCUGGGAGGAGGCCCGGCUGCGCGGCACCUGGACCCGGCAUGAGGACCCGCAGCAGAACCGCAGUGGGGGCUGCAUCAACCACAAGGACACCUUCUUCCAGAAUCCGCAGUACAUCUUUGAUGUCAAGAAGCCAGAAGAUGAAGUGCUAAUAUGCAUCCAGCAGCGGCCAAAACAGUCCACCCGCCGGGAAGGCAAGGGUGAAAAUCUGGCCAUUGGCUUUGACAUCUACAAGGUGGAGGAGAAUCGCCAGUACCGCAUGCACAGCCUGCAGCACAGGGCCGCCAGCUCCAUCUACAUCAACUCAAGGAGCGUCUUCCUGCGGACGGACCAGCCUGAGGGCCGCUAUGUCAUCAUCCCCACCACCUUCGAGCCAGGCCACACUGGCGAGUUCCUGCUCCGGGUCUUCACUGACGUGCCCUCCAACUGCCGGGAGCUGUGCCUGGAUGAGCCCCCCCGCUCCUGCUGGAGUUCCCUGUGUGGCUACCCCCAGCAGGUGACCCAGGUGCAUGUCUUGGGGGCUGCCGGUCUCAAGGACUCCCCAACAGGGGCUAACUCUUAUGUGAUCAUCAAGUGUGAGGGGGACAGAGUCCGUUCAUCUGUGCAGAAAGGCACCUCAACACCUGAGUAUGAUGUGAAAGGCAUCUUCUACCGCAAGAAGCCAUCCCAGCCCAUCACUGUCCAGAUAUGGAACCACCGAGUCCUGAAGGAUGAGUUCUUAGGCCAGGUGCAUCUGAAGGCUGAUCCGGACAACCUCCAAGCCCUGCACAGCCUCCACCUCCGGCACCGCAGUGGCCAGCAGCCUGGCAACCUGCCGGGCACUGUUGCUGUGCGCAUCCUCAGCAGUGCCUCCCUCAUGGCUAUCUGAUUCCUACCCGCCUGCCUGACCCGCACAGUUCUCAGCAUUGUCUGCAUGUCUCCACCAAGGCCCGGCACUAGCCUGGAAGCCAGGGCGCUGGGGUCCUUUUCCCAGCUUUCACACUGACUUGCUGUGUGACCUGGGGAGGUCUCUUCCCCUCUCUGGGCCUCAGUGUCCUGAAGACCCCAAAGCAUUCCCUUCUUAUGGAGGAAUCUUGCCUGACAUUUAAAAUAGCCCUCCUUAUCACAGCUGUCACCACUGCUAAGGGACUUUAUCUGUUGAAAACAUUUUUCCAAGGCCCUGCUGUCUGCCAACAGAGUGCCAAGAAGAUGUCACUUGUUUACACACAAACUGCCACAUCCCCAAGCUCCACUCGUGUCCAUCAUGUCCCAGGCCCACCCCAGUGUUCCAGACCUUGCUUUCUCUGUCACCUCCACCUGGUUUUCUAGCCACCUUGAAAGGACUCGGCUCUUGCUGGGUUCCUGCUUUGGAUGGAAUUGGAACAUGUGCAGGUGACAUUUAUUCAUUGUGUUUUCUCAACCCCUCACCCAUCUGUUUAUUUAUUCAACAGAGAUUUGCCAAAUGAAUAAAUGAUGCCCAUGAGACCCCAGGGUCUCUGGGCCCCUCCUAUAGCCAUGGGAGCCCAGGCAUGUGUCCUGGGCCUCGCCUCCACUCUCAGGUCCUCUCAAAGGCAGACGCCCAGGCACCCGGAGGAGCUGCAGCCACCUCCUCAUCCCAGGUUCCAAUUUCACUCCAACCUCUGUUUAAGGUCCCUGGAGAGGCGGUGGCAGUGGUAGAGAGGAAGGACCUCUUCGUGUCCGUUGCCCUGAUGCUGGAAGGAACAUGCCCCCUUAGUGGGCCAGGUGGCAAUGGGGGUAUGGGAACCCAAUGGGCAGGCACAUGCUCCAGGCCCCCUCUGCUGAAGACUCAGGCGUUUCUUCAGAGAAGGGACUCUGGGGUGGCGGGCUCAGGCCCUCUGGAAUCAGGACACCCACUGGGCUUGGUAGGAGAUAGGGAAAUCCGCUGCCUGGCCAGAGGCCCCUCUGCCAACUUCCCCCCGACAUGCAGUCAAGGAGACCACAGCCCUCUUCUUGCCAACUAGACCAAUAUGUUCCUUUUAGUCCUCAAUGUUCUAUUCUUUCUAUGUUAAAAUAUUUUAACCAGGAGUUUUUAAAGGAAAACUGAAAGCCUGGACCCUUUUUCUCUUUUUAAACUCUAGUUCAUGUGGUCCUCUGAUUUUAUUUUGAUUCUGCUUGGGGAAGGUCAAGGAGAGUCUUACUUUCUCAGAGGAGGCCUGCUGAUGGCUGAGGAGGGUGUUUGUUUUGUGCUUGAUGUUUUGCACGUUGGCACCGACUGUUCUUAGGAAGUGUUGAUGAGCCACUUAGGGUCUCCUCUGUGUCCUUCUCUUGCUCUAAACCAGGUGACAUAAAUGAAACCCAGUUGGUUCAAGAAUGGGAACUCCUGUGGCCUUGCUAGGCAUUUCUUUUGGGAACCUGACUUUUUGACUCCAGAUCUGGCUUUUGGGUCCAGUGUCCUAGCUGGAGGCACUGGAUUCUUGACUUUGCUUCCUCAGUCCACAGCCAACUCUGCUCCUGCAUCCUGGCCCUGCGUUCUCGGCCACGUGCGAGGCCAGGAACCAAAUAACAAGGAGGACAAGUGGAUUCCUUCUCAGAAAACUGGGAUUUCCCCUUGAGAACCUGGGCCUGGGGCCAGGACUCUGCACAUGACCAGGAGCAGGUCACCUCCUGUGCCUCAAUUCCUCCUUUCUGCAAAGUGGGGCCAAUGAUUCUUGUUUGUAGCGCUCUUACCAGCAAGCGCUGAAUAAGGGCAAAACUGUACCUCUUCUCUAUGUAUCUCUAUACGUACACACUAUACACAUUCAUGUAAUCGCCACUUCCUAAUGUCUAUUACAAAUGAAGACUCCUGAGUUGGGUUGGAGAGGCAAGGGCCAGGUAAGCCACUGUGGAGCCUCUGGGACCGACAAAUGGGUCUUUGCUCAGCCAUGUCCACCUGGGCUACAGGCAAACCAAGACCCACUGGCGGAUUUGUGUGGACCUCUGCCUGGGGGCUGGAUACUGUCCCCCUCCAACAGAACUGGUUCACAGCCCUGCCCUUGCUUCCUGCCCCUCUGGGUGGGCCAGGCUGGCUCCUGGCUGUGUGGAGUUCCCUGGUCCCCAGGAAGCCCUGGAGACGGGGCAGGUGAGGUUGGAGUUCUUCCAGGCUGGGACUGGAGGGGUGGGUGGGGAGAGCAAUUAUUCUGUUCAUCUGAUGCACCCUUCAGUACAUGGGGUCCUCUGAGUCCCCAUUUGCAGAUGGGUGAGCGGCUGGUCCAUACCACCCCCAUCUCAGCUCCACACCCCUCAGGUCCCACCAUGGGGUCAGGGAAGCAGCAACCUGUUCCGUUCUCAGAAUAAAUGUUACUGCAAUCCCA